CUUAUUUUCUGGUGUCGUCGUGCUACUAGCAAUAUUUCUAAGAAUUUGAUUAUAUACAGUUUGUGCAAUUUUUUUAAUCAAAAAGUGAUUAUCGUGAUAAAUUUACUGUUAUAGAUGUGAAAAUUUAAGGAUUACAAACAUGGCAAAUGGCGUUUUUGAUAUAGAGUUGCACGAUGUUGAAACUGUAGAAGUUGAUGAUUCAGAUGAUGCCCUGGAAGUUGAAGAGGAUCAAUAUGACCAAAAUCCUAAUAUAAAUGAAAUUGUGGAGUCAGCCGACAUUGAAACUGUGCCAUUAACAGAGCAAAAUGUUAAUCCAGGUCAAGAAAAGACGGGCCCACAAGACUUUGAAUUGCGAAAAGUUCUUGGUAAAGGAGGUUAUGGCAAAGUGUUUCAGGUAAAAAAGAUUACUGGUAAAGAUGCUAAUACUGUCUUUGCCAUGAAAGUUCUCCGUAAGGCCUCAAUCGUUAGGAACCAAAAAGAUACUGCACACACUAAAGCAGAGCGCAAUAUUUUAGAAGAAGUCAAGCACCCCUUUAUCGUAGAUUUAAUAUACGCCUUCCAAACAGGGGGAAAAUUGUACUUAAUAUUAGAAUAUUUAAGUGGAGGCGAACUGUUUAUGCAUUUAGAAAGAGAAGGGAUAUUUUUAGAAGAUACAGCAUGUUUUUAUUUAUCUGAAAUAAUUUUGGCAUUGGAACAUUUGCAUGGUCAAGGAAUUAUAUACAGGGAUUUGAAACCAGAAAAUAUAUUAUUAGACGCACAAGGCCACGUUAAACUUACAGAUUUUGGUUUGUGUAAGGAACAUAUUAGAGAAGGUAUUCUGACUCACACAUUUUGCGGGACUAUCGAAUAUAUGGCCCCAGAAAUUUUAACUAGACACGGACAUGGCAAAGAAGUGGAUUGGUGGUCUUUAGGUGCUCUUAUGUAUGAUAUGUUAACAGGAGCUCCCCCGUUUACUGCAGAGAACAGAAAAAAGACAAUAGAAAAAAUUCUAAAAGGAAAAUUGAAUCUUCCUCCUUAUUUGACUGCGGAUGCAAGGGACUUAGUAAGGAAAUUGUUGAAGCGGCAAGUGUCUUCGAGAUUAGGUGCAGCACCAGAAGAUGCUAAAGCUGUUAAACAGCAUCAGUUCUUUAAGCAUAUCAACUGGGAUGAUGUAUUAAGUAGAAAAUUGGAUCCUCCAUUCAAGCCUAGCCUUCUAACAUCAGAAGUGGGAUUCCUCCUAGUGUCUUUAGGACAGGAGAAAAGGACCUAA